GCGUGCACAUCGCGUCUGAGUGUCUCUACCGAAACGAUCGAUAACAGCUGUCAAUAAACUCGCUUAGUCCGAUUUCAAAUAGCUGGAAUUGAAUACAUUUAGAAUAGAAAAGUAUUUGCCUUUUAUUUUUUCAUAUUCAAUUGUGACCGUUGGGGUCAAGGUGUAGUUUCGGUCGGGUCAAUGUAUAUAGACGCGUUUAAACGUCUCCUCGUUGAACGGCUAAAUUGCUUGAAAAGAAUGUGUGUAUGUCAGCGCCAAGGCAGCUCUUUUGCUAUGUCUAAGGCAGCCGUGAGGAAGCUGCACUGGCGCUCCAAGGUCCAGGAGAGCUUCAUCCCCCUGGUUGGUUCCUCUGGGGAACUGGGGGUGGCGGUGGGUGGCGGAGCUGACUAUGGAGAGUUCCCAUUCGUCACCUCAGCCCCCGGGGGCGGGUUCACAGUGGGCGACAUCAUCCUAGAGAUUGGGGGUACCCCUGUGUUAGGGAUGACACUAGGAGAUGUCCGGGGGGUCCUUAACUCCUGCCUCCAUCCCAUCCGCAUCAAGACGGUCUCACCAGGCUCUGCCUUGUGUAAGGACCUCAGGCUGUAUCUGAGUAAGUGCUUCACUCCAGGCUCCAUGGACAGCCAGCUUCAGCAGGUCAUCCGGGAGAACCUCUACCUCCGAGCAGUGCCUUGCACGACCAGACUGCCCCAUGAUGGGGAGAUCUCAGGGGUGGACUACAACUUUGUCUCCAUAGAAGAGUUCUUCUCUUUGGAGGAGUCAGGAGCUCUUCUGGAGAGCGGCAAGUUCAAAGGGAACUACUACGGCACCCCCCGGCCAGUACACAUUGGUCCAGAGAGUCCUCCCAUCACCUACCAGGAACACCGCAACCUGCUCCGGAACUUCCGAACACGCAGCAAGUCGCUUAGCAACCUGGAGAAAGCAGCCGAGGAAGGGGAGAACAGCGAGGACGAUUCUGGCCUGUCAGGCAGGUUUACCAAAGACAGACUGUCCCGUGGAUUAGUGGGUAUCAGCGAUGCACAUCCCGUCUCCUUGUCCAGAGGGUCCAUUGGAGGGGAUGGCAGUGCCAUGGAGAAUGGCCAUGGCAGCACCCGUGCCAGGGUGCGAGCAGUGAUGCCUAAAAACUGGGAGGUGGCCUACAGCGACUCAGGAGAGCCUUUCUACAUAGACCAUAACUCCAAGAUGGCCAGCUGGCAGGAGCCUCGUGCACAGAGCAGCAGAGAGACAACGCUUGACAAAAAUACAUUACCAGGGUUCACAGACGAGCCAGGGGAGCUGAGGGGUUUCUCUAUCCACACACGCUUCUCUAAAGGUCCCAGGGGGUUUGGUUUCAACAUUGUGGGGGGCAGCAGAGCCAGGGAGUUCCUUCAGGUCUACAGUGUCACGCCAGGGGGACCUGGAGCUCUCAACACAGCAGAUAUCCUGGUUUACAUCAACGGCGUCUGUGUCCUGGGAACGUCCCACAAAGAAGUGGUAGAGAUGCUGAAGGCAGUUCCUGUGGGCCACAGUGUGGACAUGGUCCUCCGGAGGGGAUACCCCAUGCUCUACAACCCCGACGGCUGCCCCAAGCAGCCCCAUCCUGGGUUCACCGACAUCUGUGACCCCUUCCUCCCACCCACCACCACCCAGCCCCAGCCCUCACACCAGCGCCUCCCCCUCCUCCGCCCAUUCACAGCCCCAACCCAGACCCAGUAUCAUAAUCUCAACGGGGUCCUUUCUCACCACGAUGAGGUGGGUUAUAUGGGUCCAGGAGUGAGGCCAGGACUGGAUGCCAAUGGGAAUGCCACCUCCACAGCUACCCAACCACCAUCCUCAUACAGACACUCCAGCGGUCAUCUUGCUCACUCCGCUGACCCACCCUCGUACAGACGAUCCAGUCGCUACCUAUCUGACUCCACUUCCCCUACACCACCCUCAUACAGACAAUCCAGUGGUAGCAUCACUCCCACCACCCCCCCGGUCCGCCCGCCCCGCUCAAUGAGGGGCCUCGCCCGCCUGCAGGCCACUGACAACUGCCAGAGUGACAGCGAAGUGGUCUCAGCCAUCGGCUCACACAGGGCAUUCAUGAUCCGUAACCACAACAAUAACUCCCUCUCUACCCCCCCUCAGCCCCUGCGUUACAGAACCUCUAAGAGUGACCUGUCUGAGAGCGCCCUGUCCACCUCCUCCACCCUCCCUGUGUCCAGACUGCCCAUGCCCCAGUCAGAGACACCCCGUCUGUCGUCCUCCCCUGGUGGAGGGGCGUACUCCCGCCUCAUCAGGCCCCAGGCCUCCCUGCUGAGACCCCCUCCCACCCCUGACAGCCCCCACCUCAGCUUCAAUGGCUUCCAUGGCAAUACAAGCGGCAGCGGCAGCCCCAUAAGCAUCUCGUCUCCCGGGGCGAUGAGUCUGGGCAGUGGCUUUGGGGUGGGAGGUGGGGUUGGAAGUGGAGGGGAGCUGGUGCCAGUGGCCCUGGCUCAGUGUGAGGGUGGAGCGGGGAUGGGUUUCAGUGUGACGGCCGGCGGACAGGGGGGCAGGCUGGCCCUUGUCAAGAGGGUCUGGGACAGGAAGCAGUGCUCCUCCCUACAGCCAGGGGAUGCCAUCAUGAAGAUCAACGGAGCAGACGUCCAGAGUCUCAGCUUUGCACAGGUACAACAGGUUCUCCAGGAACACACCAAACAAGGAGAGGUGGUCUUAUUGGUUCACAGAAGAGGGUCACUCCGUUCUUCCAUCUCCCACAACUCUAUGCAAAGAGUCCCCUCACCACUCCUCUGCCCCCAUCCUCCACCCGUGACAUCAGACUACAAUCCUUUACCCCCUGCGGACGUCCUGAUCCUACCCCGUCCCUCCUCCACCCCUCUUCCCCCGGCCAUGGUGCGCUCCUCUCUGGUCCAGAGCACCAGUUUCCUGGAGUCAGUCCCAGUCACCCUCACCAUGGAGCCCAAAGACUGGCUGAACGAGGGCAUGGAGGAUGAGGGGGACAGGGAGGUGGUGAUCCCAGGACCAGGGCAGGAGGGAGGGGGACGGAACCGUGUGCCCCGGGGAUUUGAUGUGGAGCUGAAGAGGAAGCCAGGAGAGGGGUUCGGAUUUGUCAUCGCUUCAGAGGAUGUAGAGAACAGGAAAGCCACCUCGCUCCUCCCACACCGGUUCGUGACGGUGCGUCGGGGCAGUCCUUCAGCGAGGAGCGGUCAGAUCCGACCCGGUGACCGGUUGGAGGCGGUCGAUGGGCGUUCUGUGGUGACCCUACCCCACCGGGAGCUCGCCCAUAUCCUGCGCCGAGCUGGAAACACCCUACGCCUCACCAUCAUCCCCCGUCCUAGCACAUACUCAUCCAGCCUAUCAGAGACCGCAGACUAUGACCCCAAUUACAGAAGCAGAAAAGGACACAGGUCACGACCCAAGCAUGACUCUAGGUAUUACAGUGUGGAUCUAGACCGCGGCCCAACAGGUUUUGGGUUCAGUCUGCGGGGGGGGGAUGAGUACAACAUGAGUCUGUACGUACUGGGACUGAUGGAGGGAGGACCUGCCUCACGCAGCCACAAAAUACAGGUAAGCGAUCAGUUGGUGGAGAUCAACGGGGACAGCACAGCAGGGAUGACCCACAGCUUGGCUGUAGAGCAGAUACGCAGGGGAGGACACCGUAUACACCUGGUGCUAAAGAAAGGCAACGGAUACGUACCAGAUUACGGCCGUGAGCGCAGAGUCACCUCCCCCUUCCUCCCACUGCAGCACCCCAAGGAGCAGAGUGUGGCUGCAGUAGACCUGGCCCGCCGGGCGAGCCACAGCUACAGGUCCAAGGUGAAGAAGCGGGGGAGGUCUUCGAAAGGGAGAGAAAAGAAGAAGAAAGGAAGCAGGUCAGGGAGAGGCAGAAGCAGCAGCUCAGAGGGAGAGGAAGGAGCAGGGGAAGUGAGACACAGCCCUGAUUCAGACCCUGGUCCUGAGAGGGAGGAGGACAAUGAGACAGGAGGCAGUGGCCUGAGAGAGAGGACUCAGGUGAGAGGGAGGGAUAGGAGGAGGAAGAACAGGAACAAGGGAGGCUCUCACAGUUUACCCAGAGAUGCCCUGAGGAAACGUAACAACGAUAACAUACACAUAGAGGCAGAGAGGGGGGAUGAGAGAGGGAGGGAGAGAGAGAGGAGGAGAGAGAGAAAAAGGAAAAGCAGGAGUGAGGAGAGGGUCAGGAAGAGGGAGAACAGUGGGAAAACAGAGGAAGAGGAGGAGGUGAAGGAAAGAGAGGAGAAGAAGGAUAUGGAGGAAGAAGAGGUGGAAGAAGGAAGAAGAUAUAGAGGAGGUAGAUGCUUAUCUCCCCAUUACUAACAGAAGGCUGCCCAGGCCCAAGCAAGACUGGGAGGAAGAGGAUGUGGAAGAGAGGGAGAGGAAAAGGAGAGAAUGGGACAUGGAAAGAGAAAGGGAGUUGGAGAGUGAGAGAUUGAGGGACAGAGAGUGGGAGAAAGAGGAUGGGAGGUUGAGGGAGAUAAAGUGGGAGAGGAAGAGGAUAAAUGAUGAGGAAAGAGAAAGGUCUCAGUCCCUGAACAACCUGCUCUCCUUGGAGUCCCAUGUGGCCUCUCCACUACAGAGAGAUCCCUUCUCCUUCCUAACUCCCUCCUCUGAGCUGGAGCAUGCAGAGUCCGUAACCAGCCACUCAGAUGGCAGUGUGUAUGCUGCCAGUGUCUCUGGCCUCUCGCUGGCCCUCACAGAGGGGUCUGUUCUGGGGACCCCGGCCCUGCUGCUCCCAGGCCCCUGGCUCAAACCCAGCCAACAGAGGAUCACUGAGGUCAUACAGGAGAACAGGCUUGCAGGAGAACCGAGAAAAAGAGGGAGGGGAAGAGGAGUCAUGGAAGAAUCGGGAAUAUAGAGAGCAAAGCAAAAGUAUACAUGCUGUUUGAGGAAACGGUUAUCAUAUCAAGGGUUCAUGAUCAAGAAGAGUACCAAACUGUAUCCCUUCUUUUUAAACUAUACUCAACACAGUUGGUUUUAUUGUGACGCUUUUAAUAUGUCAUAUUAUUUAGUAAUAUUCUUUGUGCCUUUUGACAGCUGGUUUCUGACUGAUGUUACUGUUGACAAUGUCCACUUGUAAAUAUUUGAAGAUGUUCCAGUGGAACAGAAAUCAGUUUCUCUCCUCUGUGGAAAUCCCCUAGUCCUCCUUCUGAAUACAGCACCUUUCUCUGCUCUCCUUCAGGAGUUGCAAUAGAAUUGUCCUCCUGCAGUUGUUAGGAACUGGCAUGGUCGUUCUCUCUGUAGUGACACAUGCCAGUGUACUUAAGUAUUGGAGUUUCAGUUCCCUUCCACUGUAGAUAGAGAGACAGCAUAAUACCUCAUGAUACUGAGCAAUAAUAUGCAACACACCCAGGCUACACUUUACCCAGGGAAUGUGAAGGGAAGGGGUGGUAUUGUAUGGGACCUGCGACUCCUUCUACUGUCCAUCUAACUGCUCUGACAUAGAUGCUGUUCUGUGUGUUCAUUUGAUCUUGAUGACAUUCAGAGGACCGUGACUUUGUGCAAUCUGUAUACUAAAUAUGUGUAUUAAAUACAUAUCUCAAUGCUA